CCGUCCAAGAGAAAGCCCCGACUUUUGGAGAGAUUUUGACUGUUCUCCGGUCGAUUCAGCGAUGUGGCCUUUGCUGAUCUGAGCUUCGAUUCAAAGUCUGAUGGUGGCAGAAGGAAUCUCCGCAGGAAAUAUCCAGGAAACAAGCCAAGGCACCAUCUCCACUGGAGGACAAACUCGGAUGUCAACAAAUAUGUGGCUGCUCUGCUCUUCUUUUUUCUUCCUACCUUUCCUUCUUAUCUGAUUUACUGGAGACUUCAAUUGGCUUUCCACUUCCAAGUUGCUAAAAGUUAUUGAGAGUCUGCUUCGGAGGGUUUUUCUUCUACUUUGAGCAUCACAAGGGAAAAAGUUGAUAGGAAUGGAUGUGUCACUCAAAUGAAAAAGGUUGGAUUGACUCUUUCUGAGAAGGAAAGUUAGAAUCCAAAGAAUGGGCAAAAAGAACAUGUUCGGGAGGCCAUAGGGUGAUAGCAGCAUGUGGUAAAUGAUCCUGACAUUUGAAGCUUGUCAAUUCGAAGUAGCAGAGCUGUUUGUUCCAAAUCACAGAAAGUCUGGUUCAAUCUUUCAGUUUAUGCCUCACCAUGUAGAGAAUGAGUGGCAUAUAUACCAUGGUUCCAAGUUGUACAAGUCAAACAGAUUUCUCCAGGACAAACAGGAAUUUCCUGAAAAUAAUCCUAUCGUGAAUGAACUCAAAUUGAAAGAGUUAGUUUCUUCUUGUCCUUCUACGAUAGCACAAAGUUGAGCAAAGAUGGCAGAGGCUGUCAUCGCUUGCUUGAUUGAGAAGAUCAUUACAGCUGUGGCCUCUGUAUCUCAUAGUUUCCUUGAUAGGCCUGUGCAGAAUAUUCACAUGAAAAUGAACAACAUAAGGAGGGUGCUAGAGCUUACAAAGGCGUUCCUGAAGCAUACAAGAACAUAUACAGGCGAAAACGAACUAGUGGAUGCUUGGGCAAAGCUGAUUCAAGAUGUGGCCUAUGAUAUCAAGGACAUUGUCGAUGAAUACAUCUUUUUAAUGACCAGUGGAAGAUGGGCUGGCUUAAUUACCCGUAUCAACAAUGAUGUCAAGGCCAAAUCUUUGCACGAAUUAGGUAAGAAAUUAGAGGAAAGAGAAGCCAGCCUUUGGAAGCUUGUAAGGAUGAAAGAUUCAUAUGGUAUUAGAGUUCCAGAGAGGUUCUCCAGCUCACCCGAAGAGAAUGAUCUAAUCUGCCAUUUAGCUGAAUCAGCACUCUCUGUCGAGGAAGAUGAUCUCGUGGGGAUUGAGGAAAUCAAGUACAAGCUCAUCAGAUUAUUAAUAGAUGAAGAGCCCCAACGCACCAUAAUAUCUGUUCUCGGGAUGGGUGGUGUUGGCAAGACCACACUUGUGGCAAGAGUUUACAUGAAUCAAAUGGUCAUUAGCCAUUUCAGCUGUUGUGCAUGGAUCUCUGUGUCUAAAAGCAAUACUGUCGAUGAUCUCCUCAAGAAGAUCCUGAAGGAACUGCACCGUGAGAGGAAGGAAGUGAUCACUCUUGAUUUUGAUUCAAUGGAUUACAAAACUUUGGUGGAAAAUCUCCGUUUGCAUCUGGCUCACAGAAGGUACUUGAUCAUCUUAGAUGAUGUUUGGCAAGCAGAUGUCUGGACUGAUAUUAGCUAUGCUUUAUUUGCUAAUAAUUGCCGAAGUAGAGUUGUUAUUACCACAAGGGUGCAGGAUGUGAGUUCAUUAGCAGGCGAGGAAAGGAUUGUGAGAGUAAACCCUCUACCAGAUGCCAUGGCAUGGGAUCUCUUCUGUAAGAAGGCAUUUCCGACAGAGGUGGGAAAUACUUGUCCACAGAAUCUGAUACAAUGGGCUAGAAAAAUGGUGGACGAGUGUGAUGGCCUUCCUCUUGCUAUUGCGGCGAUUGCUAAUCUUCUGUCUCACAAAGAAAGGGAGGAAUUGACAUGGAAGAAAAUACAUGAUAGCUUGGCAUUGUCGACUAAUCAGGACAACCAAGAACUCCAAAAGGUGCCCAGAAUUUUGAGCCUCAGCAUCACAAACCUUCCACACCAUCUCAAGAACUGCCUCAUGCAUUGCAGCUUGUUUCCAGAGGACUAUCCCAUUGCAAGAAACAGGCUCAUUAGGCUAUGGGUGGCAGAAGGAUUUGUGAAGGAAAGAGGAGGAAUGUCGAUGGAAGAUGUGGCUGAGGACUACCUCAACCAGUUGGUGGGAAGAAGCUUGCUCCAAGUCACUGAUAGAAAUGAACUCGGACGUGUUCGGUUCUGCCGAGUUCAUGAUCUUGUCAGAGAGCUUAUCAUCGAAAAAUCAAGAGAAGAGCAUUUUGUUGAUGUUUUAGAAGGUGAAUUUAAAGAUGUAAGCGAUCGGGUUCGAAGACUUUCUAUCAUUAAAGAUUACCAAGGUGCCACUGUGAACCAAAGCAUGGAGAUAUCCUCACUUCGAUCUUUCCACACUUUUACACCGGUUCCCAUUUCAGUGCUCUUGAAAUGUAGGCUGCUUAGAGUCUUGGAUCUUCAUGCUGCCCCAGUUGAAGCCUUGCCGAAUGCGAUAGGCCACCUUGCCAACUUGCAAUAUUUGAGCAUACGUAAAACCAAUGUUAAAAGACUGCCAAAUUCCUUAGGAGACCUUCAGAAGCUCGAAACCUUGGAUGCAAUAUAUACAAACAUAGAGGAGUUACCUAGUGGGAUAAAAAAACUGGGUAAUCUGCGUCAUCUGUUGGUGAAGAAGUUCCAUCGGCAAACUUCCAAAUACACAAUUCUUGGAGGUGGAGUUGAAGUUCCUGGUGGUGUAGGCAAUCUGAAGGGGUUACAGACACUGAAAGCUGUGGUUGCAAAUGGUAAAAUGGUGCUUCAGCUCGCAAAGCUCACACAGAUAAGAAGUUUAGACGUUAGAGGAGUUACAACCCAACACAGCUUUGUCCUCUCAUCAUCACUCUCAAAGAUGGAUCGCCUCGCUCGCUUGGUAGUGAUGGCAAAACACAAAGAUGACACAUUGCUAUUAAGUGAUAUGAAACCACCACCCCAGCUGCGGAAGCUAAGCCUGUAUGGUAACCUGGACAAGAGGAUGCUGCCUUCGUGGUUUAGCACACUUGAAAAUCUUACUCAUUUGGUCUUAAAGAUGUCCAGGCUCAAGGAAGAUCCAUUACCACAGCUCACUGCAUUGCCUAAUCUGGUUACACUCUUUCUCAUGCAAGCAUAUAAUGGAAGCAAACUGCAGUUUCAUGCACAGUGUUUCUGUCGGCUCAGGUCACUGGGGUUGUGUGAUAUGAGCCACCUCAAUUGCAUUGAAAUAGAAGAGAAUGCUCUUGAAUGCCUUCAUGAGAUGACUCUCGUAAGGUGCAGUCAGUUGAAGACAAUUCCAGUUGGGUUGGAACACCUCACUAGGUUGCAGAAAUUGGAAGUUGAAGGCAUGCCAAUAGAGCUGGUGACUAAGCUACAGAAUGGGGGUGAAACUGAGGAGGAUUCGAACAGGUUGAAACAUAUACCGAUCAUCAAGAACUGGUUGGGGAGAGAUGGAAUUUGGGUUGAAGACAGACUCAAGUAGCAUUUGUAGUUUCAGAAUUCUUUGCCACCAGAAUUUCUUACCUUCACAGCGUAAAUCAAGCCUAUUUUUCACUAGUCAAAGGUGGAAGAAUGGAAAUUGGUUGAUUACUUGUGUGCUUAAAAUUCAGGAGGAUUUUGUCUGUUCCAGGUACAAUUUUUAUGUAGCUUGUGUCUAAUAAUUCAAUGUAGUAUUUACCUUUUUCUUUUCCGAUUCCGCUUUAGAACAAUGGGAUUAAGUGUGAAGCGUGCUGUAAAUAUUCUGCCCUUGGUAUGGUUAUGAACUAAGGCUAUGUUUAGUUGGGUGUAAUGUAAUCGAUCUUGUAAUAUAAUCAAAUUUAUAAUGUAAUGUAAUAUAAUCUUGAUUACAUUA